UUAGCCAUGUCGGGUGAAAACAGGGAAAACACUCUUUUUUAUUCUGAAAUCCCCAAAACGGUAAACAAAGCUGCCAUUCUUAUGCUGUCUUGGAAGCCUCUUAUAGACCUCUUUCAGGCCAGCCUGGAUUAUGGGAUGUACUCACGAGAGGAGGAGCUGCUGCGGGAAAGGAAACGUAUUGGCACCAUUGGAAUCUCCUCCUACGAUUAUCACCAGGAAAGUGGCACCUUUUUAUUCCAAGCCGGCAGCGGGAUCUACCAUGUCAAAGAUGGCGGCUCAAAUGGGUUUACGCAACAACCUUUGCAGCCCAAUCUGGUUGAGACCACUUGCCCAAAUAUUCGGAUGGAUCCGAAGAUCUGCCCCGCAGACCCCAACUGGAUUGCCUUUAUUCACAGCAACGACAUCUGGAUCUCCAAUCUGGCAACCAAAGAAGAGCGGAGGUUAACCUUUGUACAUAAAGAACUUGCCAACGUUGAAGAGGAUCCCAAGUCGGCUGGUGUCGCUACCUUUGUGCUACAGGAGGAGUUUGACAGAUACACGGGCUAUUGGUGGUGUCCGCUAGCUGAGCCAACUCUUGGUGGAGGAAAGAUCCUUAGAAUUCUGUAUGAAGAAAACGACGAGUCGGAGGUGGAAGUUAUUCAUGUCACAUCCCCUAUGUUGGAAACCCGAAGGACGGAUUCUUUUCGGUAUCCCAAGACAGGCACUGCAAAUCCCAAAGUCACUUUCAAGUUAUCUGAAAUAACCAUUGCAUCUGAUGGCACAAUUGUGGGUGCUGUUGACAAAGAACUGGUCCAACCCUUCGAAAUCUUAUUCGAUGGAGUAGAAUAUAUCGCCAGAGCAGGAUGGACACGAGAGGGAAAAUACGCGUGGGCCAUCCUGCUUGAUCGUUCUCAAACCCGGUUGCAGAUUGCUUUGCUUCCCUCGGCCUUAUUUAUCCCUGUGGAAGACGAUGCCAUGGAGAGACAGAAAUUAAUCGAUGUCGUGCCUGAGUCUGUUACCCCCUUGAUUGUUUACGAAGAAACAACAGACAUCUGGAUAAACAUCCAUGAUAUCUUCCAUGUUUUCCCCCAAACUCACAAGGACGUGAUAGAAUUUAUCUUCGCUUCCGAGUGCAAAACGGGGUUCCGACAUCUGUACAAAAUCUCCACCGUUUUGAAAGAGAGCGAAUACAGACGAUCUUCAGGGGGACUUCCAUCUCCAAGUGACUUCUUAUGUCUUGUCAAAGAAGAGCUGCCCCUCACCAGUGGAGAAUGGGAAGUGCUUGGCCGGCACGGCUCAAACAUCCGGGUAGAUGAAGUUAACCAACUGGUAUAUUUUGAAGGUACAAGAGAUUCUCCCUUGGAACACCACUUAUACGUCGUUAGCUACGAGAACCCCGGAGAAAUUCAGCGGCUGACCGAAAACGGUUUCUCACAUGCCUGCUAUGUUAGUCAGCACUGCGACAUGGUUAUAUGUAAAUUCAGUAACCAGAAAUGCCCCCACCAAGUCUCCCUCUACAAACUGACUGGACUGGAAGAGGGGAUUGCUCAAAGGGGCAAGGACUUCUGGGCCACCAUUUUGCAUUCUUCAGGAUCUCUCCCAGAUUACGUCCCACCGGAGAUCUUCUCUUUUGAGAGCUCCUCGGGGUUUGUGCUUUAUGGGAUGAUGUACAAGCCCCAUGAUUUACAACCUGGGAAGAAAUACCCCACGGUGCUUUUCAUCUAUGGGGGCCCACAGGUGCAGCUUGUAAACAACGCCUUUAAAGGGGUCAAAUAUUUCCGGCUGAACACGCUGGCUUCCCUGGGGUACGUGGUCGUGGUGCUGGACAACCGAGGUUCCUGCCACCGGGGCCUGGCCUUUGAAGGCACCUUCAAAUAUAAGAUGGGACAAAUUGAAAUCGUUGACCAAGUGGAGGGCUUACAGUAUUUGGCUUCCCGAUACGAGUUCAUCGAUUUAGACCGGGUUGGCAUUCAUGGCUGGUCGUACGGUGGAUUUCUUUCCCUGGUGGCCUUGCUGCAGAGGCCAGAGAUCUUCAAGGUUGGUUCCCCUGCCACGGCCCAUUCCCUUCCUCUGGGCAUGUGUGAUGUGGAUGUGUAGAAGGCCCAGGAGCGGUAUUCCUGUACUUGAGGGGCUGCCACAAAGAAGAGGGGGUCAAAUUAUUAUCCAAAGCACCAGAAAGCAAGACACAGCAGUGAAAUCUGGCCGGAUCUAUCCGGCUUGCACAAGCCGGUAGGGCCGGCGACAGGAGGCUCCGCCCAUCCGUCAGGACAUCAUCAUCAGUAGUGGGUUUCAAUUCCCGGCGCUAACGGGAGAGUGCGCGCGGUGCACAGUGCUUCUGCACAUGUGCAGAAGCCAAUCUUGCUGCUGUUAGAAUGUGUAACGUUAGGUAAAUUGUGCUCUUGUUGUAUUUACCCUCACUAAUACCCAGCAAAAAGCAUUCUGGUUUUGCUUCUAUAUUUUGCAUUAGUAUUUCCCAGGAGUGAAAUGCUCCCGGUUCGGACCGGAUCGCCCGAUCCGGUAGCGAUGGAGGUGGGUGGUUCGGAGAACCCGUAGCAAAAAUCCCUGCCCCCCCCCCUCCAUACCCAGC